GUGUGAACCUGGGAGGCGGAGCUUGCAGUGAGCCAAGAUGGCACCACUGCACUCCAGUCUGGGUGACAGAGCGCGACUCCGUCUCAAAAAAAAAAAAAAAAAAAAGGUAAGAUAAUCAGUGUUCAAAACCAGACUGUAUUAAAAAGGCAUAAAUGAAAGUGAGAGGUGACAGCGUGCUGGCAGUCCUCGCAGCCCUCGCUCGCUCUCGGCGCCUCCUCCGCCUUCAGCCCACCGCUGCACUGUGGGAGCCCCUUUCUGGGCUGGCCAAGGCUGGAGCUGGCUCCCUCAGCUUUGCAGGGAGGUGUGGAGGGAGAGGCGCAGGCGGGAACCGGGACUGCACCCGAUGCUUGCGGGCCAGCGUGAGUUCCGGGUGGGCGUGGGCUUGGCGGGCCCCGCACUCGGAGUGGCCGGCCGGCCCCGCCGACCCCUGGCAGUGAGGGGCUUAGCACCUGGGCCAGCAGCUGCUGUGCCUGAUUUCUUGCCGGGCCUUAGCUGCCUCCCCGCGGGGCAGGGCUCAGGACCUGCAGCCCGCCAUGCCUGAGCCUCCCCCACCGCCUGGGGUCCUGUGCGGCCCGAGCCUCCGGGACGAGUGCCACCCGCUGCUCCACGGCGCCCAGUCCCAUCGACCACCCGAGGGCUGAGGAGUGAGGGCGCAGUGCACAGGACUGGCAGGGAGCUCCAUCUGCGGCGCUGGUGUGGGAUCCACUGGGUGAAGCCAGCUGGGCUCCUGAGUCUGGUGGGGACUUGGAGAACCUUUAUGUCUAGCUAAGGGAUUGUAAAUACACCAGUCAGCACCCUGUGUCUAGCUCAGGGUUUGUGAAUGCAGGAAUCGACAUUCUGUAUCUAGCUAAGCUAGUGGGGACGUGGAGAACUUCUGUGUUUAGCUCAGGGAUUGUAAACGCACCAAUCAGCACCCUGUCAAGACGGACCAAUCAGCUCUCUGUAAAAUGGACCAAUCGGCUCUCUGUAAAAUGGACCAAUCAGCAGGAUGUGGGUGUGGCCAGGUAACAAUAAAAGCAGGCUGCCCGAGCCAGCAGUGGUAAUGUUGUGGGGUCCGCUUGUGUGCUGCGGAGGGUGUGUUCUUUUGCUCUUAGGAAUACGUUUUGCUACUGCUCACUCUUUGGGUCCACAUUGUCUUUAUGAGCUGCAAUACUCACCGCGAAGGUCUGCAGCUUCACUCCUGAAGCCAGCGAGACCACGAACUCACCAGGAGGAACGAACAACUCCAGACGCGCCGCCUUAAGAGCUGUAACACUCAACCACGAAGGUCUGCAGCUUCACUCCUGAGCCAGCGAGACCACGAACCCGCCAGAAGGAAGAAACUCCGAACACAUCCAAACAUCCGAAGGAACAAACUCCAGACACAGCACCUUUAAGAACUGUAACGCUCACUGCGAGGGUCCACGGCUUCAUUCUCGAAGUCAGUGAGACCAAGAACCCACCAAUUCCGGACACAAAAGGUGUCCCCACCAUUCCUGUUCUCUUACUUCUCUCGCCUUACAAGCAGGCAUAGCCUGCCUCCUGUGAUUGUUGAAGAGCUGUGGUGUGCUGCUGAGUGGCGUGUGUAUUCCAUGUGAGGGGAAGGGUCCAACAGUCCUGGCCAUUCCGACUGCAGUUCCCCAGUUAAUCACCUUGUCAGAUUCUACUUCUGCUCUUCUAUCUGCUGUUAGAAGCCUGUUCCUGGAAACCUGUUACCAUUUCCCUCUGCGUAACAGCCUCCUUCCAAGCUUGUAUUGGGCUGUGGUUUGCUCAGGACAGACCCACGAAGUCAAACAUGCGGAGUGCAGCCAAGCCCUGGAGCCCAGCCAUCAGAGCAGGGGGCCACGGCCCAGACCGGGUGCGGCCUCUGCCUGCAGCCUCUUCGGGCAUGAAGAGUUCUAAGUCUUCAACUUCCUUGGCUUUUGAGUCCCGACUCAGCAGGCUCAAGAGGGCCAGCAGUGAGGACACGCUCAACAAGCCAGGAAGUACCGCCACAUUGGGGGUGGUUCGCCUGAAGAAGACCGCCACUUCCGGAGCCAUCUCGGAGCUCACGGAGAGCCGCCUGAGGAGCGGCACAGGGGCCUUUACAACAACCAAACGGACAGGCAUUCCAGCGCCACGGGAAUUUUCAGUAACUGUCUCAAGAGAGAGGUCUGUGCCACGUGGUCCCUCCAAUCCCAGGAAAUCGGUGUCUAGUCCAACUUCUUCCAACACUCCCACUCCUACCAAACACCUGAGGACCCCUUCCACAAAGCCCAAGCAAGAGAAUGAAGGUGGAGAAAAGGCUGUGCUUGAGUCCCAAGUUCGGGAACUUUUGGCAGAAGCCAAAGCAAAAGAUAGUGAAAUUAACAGGCUUCGAAGUGAACUAAAGAAAUGCAAAGAGAAAAGGACUCUGAACGCUGAGGGGACUGAUGCUUUGGGCCCAAAUGUCGAUGGAACAUCAGUCUCCCCAGGUGACACGGAACCUAUGAUAAGAGCUCUUGAGGAGAAGAACAAGAACUUUCAGAAAGAGCUUUCCGAUCUAGAGGAAGAAAACCGGGCCCUGAAGGAGAAACUGAUCUAUCUUGAGCACUCCCCAAAUUCAGAAGGGGCAGCAAGUCACACUGGCGACAGCAGCUGCCCAACAUCCAUAACUCAAGAGUCAAGCUUCGGAAGCCCAGCUGGAAAUCAGUUGUCCAGUGACAUUGACGAGUAUAAAAAAAACAUACAUGGAAAUGCAUUACGGACAUCAGGCUCCUCAAGUAGUGAUGUUACCAAAGCUUCUUUGUCGCCAGAUGCUUCCGACUUUGAGCACAUUACAGCAGAGACACCAUCAAGGCCCCUGUCCUCCGCCAGUAACCCCUUUAAGAGUUCAAAGUGUUCUACUGCUGGGAGUUCCCCAAACAAUGUAAGUGAAUUGUCCCUGGCUUCCCUCACAGAGAAGAUACAAAAGAUGGAAGAAAACCACCAUAGCACUGCAGAAGAACUACAGGCUACUCUACAAGAAUUAUCAGACCAGCAACAAAUGGUGCAGGAAUUGACAGCUGAAAAUGAGAAGCUGGUGGAUGAAAAGACGAUUUUAGAGACAUCCUUUCAUCAGCAUCGAGAGAGGGCAGAGCAGCUAAGUCAAGAAAAUGAGAAGCUGAUGAAUCUUUUACAAGAGCGAGUAAAGAAUGAAGAGCCCACCACUCAGGAAGGAAAAAUCCUUGAACUGGAGCAGAAGUGCACAGGUAUUCUUGAACAGGGCCGCUUUGAAAGAGAGAAGCUGCUCAACAUUCAGCAGCAGUUGACCUGUAGCUUGCGGAAGGUUGAGGAAGAAAACCAAGGAGCUUUAGAAAUGAUUAAACGUCUGAAGGAAGAAAAUGAAAAACUGAAUGAGUUUCUAGAACUGGAACGGCAUAAUAAUAACAUGAUGGCCAAAACUUUGGAAGAGUGUAGAGUUACCUUGGAAGGGCUAAAAAUAGAGAAUGGAUCUUUGAAGUCUCAUUUGCAGGGUGAGAAGCAGAAAGCCACAGAGGCCAGUGCCGUGGAGCAGAUGGCAGAGAGCUGCGAAGUUCAAGAAAUGUUGAAAGUAGCUCGAGCGGAGAAAGAUCUACUGGAACUGUCUUGCAAUGAGCUCAGACAAGAAUUACUAAAGGCAAACGGUGAAAUUAAACAUGUUUCCAGUCUGCUGGCCAAGGUGGAAAAGGAUUAUUCAUACCUGAAGGAGAUAUGUGAUCACCAAGCUGAACAGCUGAGCAGAACCAGCCUAAAGCUGCAAGAAAAAGCAUCAGAGAGUGAUGCAGAGAUCAAAGACAUGAAAGAAACCAUAUUUGAAUUGGAAGAUCAGGUGGAACAGCAUCGGGCUGUCAAGUUACACAAUAAUCAACUCAUCAGUGAGCUAGAAAGUAAUGUGAUCAAGCUGGAGGAACAGAAGUCAGACCUGGAGAGGCAGCUGAAGACUCUGACCAAGCAGAUGAAGGAGGAGACCGAGGAAUGGAGGCGGUUCCAGGCGGAUCUGCAGACCGCAGUGGUGGUGGCCAACGACAUCAAGUGUGAGGCCCAGCAGGAGCUGCGCACCGUGAAGAAGAAACUGCUGGAGGAGGAGGAGAAGAAUGCCCGGUUGCAGAAGGAGCUGGGGGAUGUGCAGGGCCACGGCAGGGUGGUCACCAGCAGAGCCGGCCCUCCCUCCCUGGGCUCUGUCAGCUAGCAGAGCAUUUGGUGGAAGAAAGACAGCCCAGCUCUUGCCAUGAUUGGGAGCCGCAGCCAUCUCUAGAUGAAAGGGGGAAUGUGUAGAGGAGAAAUUGCCUCUUUAUAAAGAGCCCAGUUGUCUCCUUGUGACAUUCUCUGUUUCUCAGAGUCAUUGCCGUCAAGUCUCUGCUUUUUGUCCACAUUUUGGGAUCAGCUCACUGCAUGAUCAAAGAUGAUGUUUCCCUCUUUUUACUUUUCCUCAGAAGAUUGAGCCGUCUUUUAUUUGGAGAAUAAAGUGAAGUUCUGAAAAAAACAAAGUACAAGUCUUAUGAAAAGUUAUUUGCAGCUGGAGUGCUGAAAGGGCGCAGUGGCAGAGCAGAUGCAGAGCUGGGUACAGCGCAGGCCCGAGUUCGUUUGUGGUUUUUUUUUUUUUUUUUUUUUUUUUUGGAGACAGAGUUUCACUCUUGUUGCCCAGGCUGGAGUGCAAUGGUGCGAUCUCGGCUCACUGCAACCUCUGCCUCCCGGGUUCAAGUGAUUCUCUUGCCUCAGCCUUCCAAGUAGCUGGAAUUAUAGGUGCUUGCCACCACGCCCAGCUAAUUUUUAUAUUGUUAGUAGAGAUGGAGUUUCACCAUGUCGGCCAGGCUGGUCUCGAACUCCUGACCUCAGGUGAUCCCCACCUCAGCCUCCCAAAGUGCUGGGAUUACAGACAUGAGCCACCGCACCCAGACCCUAAGGCCCGAGUUCUACUUUUUGGUGUUCAUUUCUCUGCUUCCUUUUGAUCGUGGUGUCUGAUCAUCUUGGAAUUCAUAUUACUCAAGGCAAAAUAGGAAGCCAUCUGCGUGAUGUCAUAUUCUGAAGAAGUCAGAAGGUUCGGCGAGUUGGAGCUUUACUCUCGUUGCCCAGGCUAGAGUGCAGUGGUGCGAUCUUGGCUCAUUGCAAGCUCCGCUUCCUGGGUUUAAGCUAUUCUCCUGCCUUGGCCUCCCAAGUAGCUGGGAUUACAGGCACGUGCCAUCACGCCCGGCUAAUUUUGUAUUUUUAGUAGAGACACAAUUUCACCAUGUUGGUCAGGCUGGUCUCGAACUCCUGACCUCAAGUGAUCUGGCCGCCUCGGCCUCCCAAAGUGCUGGGAUUACAGGCUUGAGACCCCGUGCCCAGCCCCUUCUGUGGGGUCUUGAUUGAGCCCCUUCACGCGGAGUCUGACUUCAUUACCUCGUCUGAAACAAGGUGCCUCCAAGCUUUGGGUUGAUUUCCAGAAUCUUGCUGGGUUAAACAUAAGUAGAAGUUUGAUCAUAAAGGAUGUUAUUAAGCCGGAUAGGUAAGCACAGUGACAAUGGCAAUAGAAAUCUAAUGGAAAACGAUUGAAUGACAACUACACCAAAGUUUCAUGGAUGAAACUCACCCCAGAAACUUAGUGUUCAAAUCAGAGUGAUACACAAUUCAAAAUGUGAUUUUAAACUUCUGGAAAUAUGUGUGUUUGUGAAGAUCCAAAUCCAAUUCAGCAGCCUCCAUCAGGCAGAAACCUUCUGCAGUUCUCACGUGAGGAACUGGUUCACAGUGUACACGGCAUGGAGCCAUUAGUGACGUUAUCCAAAGGAUGAGACAAGACAAGAGUUACUGUCCAAUAGAAGGAAAACUAGGAACAGGAAUGCUCUUUAAACUCAGGAAGAUCUUUUGGGGUGUCAAACUGGACAGCACAGAAUCGUUAGAAAAAUUAGCUUGGCGUGAGAAGAGACAUUGAGGUCUUCUCUGUAAAAAUAACUUAGAUACUUGUGAAUAGGACUGAAAUUUAUAUUUUGGGCGCUCUUUACCUCAGAUUCAGAGUUCUUAGGAUUAUUUAAAAUUCAUUUGCUGGAUGUUUUCAAAUAUAAACAAUAAGAAAACUGCAACUUCAACUUAAAAGGCACCGCUGUAUUUGCACCCCAUAUUUUGACCUGUCGUUAGGUACUGUUGAAUAUUUUUAUCUGUAAGCAUUUAUGAAGUGCAAAAUAAACAUGUUAUUAUAUAGAAGCGUCUGCUGCUUAGUUUUAAUCACCAGCUACGUUUCUGCAGGGCCUUUAUGUCAUUUUGUUCUACAUUUUUUUCUGAAUGCAGUUUCAGAACUUCAGAGUCACAUCAAGUAACUAGAAUUUGAGGUAGAAAAAAGCUGGACUGCAAGUUGUAAACAGGAGGGUUGACAUGGGAUAUGAACAAUUUCAUUAGUAGAACAAAAGGGCAUGGAGUAAAAAUGCUAAUUUUGCAUAAAUUUUUAAAACUCUAGGGUCUCAGAAAAUAUAGUAUGGACUUAAAGUCUAGAUGUGUUUUGUUGACAUUUAAAUAUGAAUAGAUUGAUGAUUUAAUGUAUUGGAUUUUUUCUUAAUUAUGAAGUAUUAUUUAGGUAUACUAAUAACAAAAUGGAGACGUGUGAAGAAAAAUAUUAAUCUUUCUUCUCCCUCAGUACCACCUGUGAGGAAAUCAGUGUUAACAGUGUGUACAUUUUUCUUUACUCAUGAAUAUGUAUAGGGUUCAUUUUUAUAUUUUUAAUAAAAAUUGGAUUAUAUUCUAUUCAGUA